AUGAAGCUCUGCACAGUGCAACCGGCUCUACUCGUCUCGGGCCUGUUUCUCGCCGCCGGUUUGGCCGUGGCGGACCCCGUGGCGGCCGCCGCUCCGGCAGCGACAACAACAGACCUGGUGCUGAAAACGAUGACCUACAAGGGCUGCUACAAUAACUCGACACCUUUAGUAGAUCAGGGUUCAUACACGUGGCAGAGCUCGGGAUACUGUCAGAAGGAAUGCGUGAAGGCAGGAUAUGCUGUUCUUGGGUUGUGGAAAGGGUCCAACUGUCUCUGUGGAAACGAGUUGCCUGCAGAGUCAGCUUUGACGUCAGAUAGCGAGUGUGAUACAGAGUGUGAUGGCUGGCCUCAGGAAGACUGUGGUGGGAGUAGCGCCUACUCUGUUUGGCUGACAGGCACCGAGGAUAACGAUGCCGUUUCAACAUAUUCCGCCUCCUCUACUACUAGUACUGCGACCUCUGAUGCGGACAAGGCAGCUUCAACGACUGCAGAUACCGUGACCGUCAUCACCGAGGCGGGACAGACGAUUGUCGUCACCGCAGCAAGCGAUGAAGAAAACGUGACCACCAAGAAGAGCUCUAGUGGUGGAACCAAUACCGCCGCUAUUGCUAUUGGCGUUGUGGUAGGCGUCGUUGGGCUAUGCUCGCUUGCAGGCGCUGGGUUUUUCCUCUGGCGCUACAAGAAGAGAAAGGCCAUUGAGGCCGAGUAUCGCCGCAAUGCCGCCAUGGAAGGCUACGGCAAACCCAUGUCCACCAGCUCCAUGUCGGACGCCCGGUUCGACAGUGACUAUAUGGCUCAGCGCCGCCUAAGUAACGGCAGUAUUCCGGAUGAUCAAGACUUUUCAAGAAGGAUCCUGAAGGUGACAAAUCCUGACGACUAA